AUGGUACAUCUCUUCUGCCUCAUGUUCUUGGCAAGCUCUGCUUUGGGGAGUGAAACCAAUGCUGAUGACGGAACAACGUUGACAACACUGGAAUCGACAGAAGUGACCGAACCGACGGAAAGUACCAAAGGGACCAUCACGACCGUGUCGACUGGAGCGAUUAAAACCACCAAAAUGCCCACAAUACCGUCUCUUCCGCAAUUCUAUAGAUGGAGCCGCGUAGGCGCUCGGUCCAUCCAGCUUAGCUGGGAUGAACACAAGGUGCGGGGUCUCGUUCCAAACACUGUUUAUUUAUUAGCCACACCAAAUGGUGCCGCUGAACCCAGAUUUGAAGAAGAGGCUGAAUUCUCGGUUGGAUCAAUCACUUUUGACGGGCUACAACCCGACACUCAGUACUCCGUGCUUCUGACAUCAUCUAUCGGUGCAUAUGAAUUAAUGGAGCACCGCACUGCAAUCAAAAUGCUAAGGGAUGGUGAGUCGCAAUUGCUUGUUUCCCCACGUCAAGAUCCUAAUCUCUCUUUCCGCACCGUUAAGCUUUACGAUUGGCGCUAG